AGCGGCCAAACCACCACCAGAUCGAGGAGCUAGCUAAAGCUACAGUCCGAGAGCUAGCUGCCUUAGCUUUGCUGCCGAGCUCGAACUCCCAUCUCCUCUUCCCCCUCUCUCAGCCGCUCGUGACUCGUGAGGGCCCAAGGGCGAUGGGAAUGGGAGGUAGCCGCUUCAUUCUCCGUCUUCUCCUUAUCAUCCCUUCUCUGCUGCUGCUGCUGCUGGGUGCCGGCUGCCGAGAUGGCCGCCGGUGCGCAGCGGCGGCCAAGCAGAGGCUGCCUCAGCAAGAAGUUGAAGCACUUAUGAGAAUAGCACACAAGCUUAACAAGAUGGAUUGGGACUUCAGUGUGGAUCCAUGCGCUGGGUCCAAAACUUGGGUCAAUGCUAGUGAUCCCAAUAGUUAUAUUAAAUCUAGUUACCCUAAUUUUCCAGUCAGCAAUUUGACAUGUGAUUGUUCAUUCAAGAACCACACAGAGUGUCACAUCAUCAGCUUGGAGCUUAUGCGUCAGAAUCUUAGUGGAGUUCUACCUGAAGAAGUGGUCAACCUCACUUAUUUGACAAAUCUUGACUUAUCACGCAAUUUCAUCCAAGGACCAAUUCCAACAUCAUGGGCUAGUCUAACUGUUUUCAAUCUGUCUCUCCAGGGAAAUCGCAUAUCUGGAACAAUACCUAAGGAGCUUGGACGCAUGCCCUUCUUGAAAUCUAUAAAUCUAGAAGGCAAUCAGCUUGAGGGUCCUAUUCCACCGGAUUUGGGUAACAUCAUCAGUUUGGAGAGAUUUUUCAUUUCUGCAAAUAACAUCACAGGAGAGUUGCCUUCAACCUUUUCCAGGCUCACAAAUAUGACAGAUUUCCGAAUUGAUGGGACCAAUAUCUCAGGAAGAAUACCCAGUUUCAUAAAGAGUUGGCAACGGGUCAACAGAAUAGACAUGCAGGGUACCUUGAUGAGUGGGCCUAUUCCUCCAGAAAUUUCUUUGUUGAACAACUUAACAGAACUGAGAGUGACUGAUUUGAUUGGACCAAGCAUGAAAUUUCCUCCCUUACAAAAUGCACAGCACCUUACAAAAGUGGUCCUUAGAAACUGCUCAAUAUAUGGUGAAAUACCACCUUACCUUGGAGAAAUGCAGUAUCUAAUACUCAUGGAUCUGAGCUUCAACAAAUUGACCGGUCAAAUUCCACAAAGUUUUGCCGGAUUGGGGGCGCUACAAUUUCUGUACUUAACUGACAACAUGCUGACUGGAGAUUUGCCUGGUUGGAUGUUGAAAAACAAGGCAAGCAACAAAGUAAACAUGGAUGUGUCGUAUAAUAACUUCACGGGUAACCCUCCAAAUGAAUGUCAGCAAGCAAACGUAAAUAUGGUUUCAAGCUUUUCAUCUUCAAAUGACAACCUUUUGCAACCAUGUUUACGAAAGAAUCUUCCCUGCAUGGACAAACCACACUAUUCCUCCCUAUUUAUUAACUGUGGUGGCAAAAGUGUUGAGGUCGAUGGGAAUAUCUAUGAGGACGACUCAUCUCGAAUAGGAACAUCUACUUUUGUUUUAUCGAAUGACAGAAAAUGGGCCUAUAGUAGCACAGGAGAUUUUGUGGGUAAUCCAGAUGCUGACUACAUUGCUAGAAACACAUCAAAACUCGUCCUGGAUCAUCCUGAGUUAUACACUGAAGCUCGCCUCUCACCUCUCUCACUAAAAUAUUAUGGACUCUGCAUGGAAAAUGGUGAAUAUUCAGUAAAACUUAAUUUUGCCGAGAUUGUGUUCACAGAGGAUCAUACGUUUUCCAGCAACGGCAAGCGCAUUUUUGAUGUAUUUAUCCAGGGUACUAAAGUUUUGAAGGACUUUAACAUUCAAGAUGAGGCUGGUGGUGUCCAUCGUGAAAUUACAAAAGGUUUUACAACCAACAUCACGGAUAAUACAUUGGAAAUUCACUUCUACUGGGCAGGCAAAGGUACCACAGGUGUUCCUGACAGGGGUGUGUAUGGCCCAUUGAUCUCAGCUAUAUCUGUUACACAAUUAAGCAGGAACCAUCACGGAAUUUCUACUGGGCUGAUGAUUGCUAUAAUUCUAGCAGCAUGUUUCAUAGCCAUACUUGCACUAAUUCUCUGCUAUAUUAAAUUCUUCCGAAAAAAGAAUCUAAAAAGAAAUGGUAUACAAUUUUUUUACCAUGGAAGGAAGACUGAUACUUCAGAGCUUCAAACACGGACACAGUACUUCUUUAGCUUAAAAGAGAUUGAAUCUGCAACGAGACAUUUUGAUCCUGCUAAUAAAAUAGGUGAAGGUGGCUUUGGACCUGUUUACAAGGGUACACUAGCCAAUGGUACUACAGUUGCCGUUAAGAAACUCUCUUCCCAGUCAAGCCAAGGGAACCGUGAGUUUUUAAAUGAAAUAGGAAUAAUAUCUGCUCUAAGGCAUCCUAACCUUGUGAGGCUCUUUGGUUGUUGUAUUGAUGGAGAACAGCUACUGCUGAUAUAUGAGUUCUUGGAAAACAAUAGUCUUGGUCGUGCACUUUUUGGUCGUGGAGAUCAUCAAUUGAAACUAGACUGGCCAACACGAUAUAAUAUCUGCCUUGGAACAGCAAAAGGCUUGUGCUAUCUUCAUGAAGAAUCAACAUUGAAAAUCAUCCAUAGAGAUAUAAAACCAUCAAAUAUUCUUCUUGAUGAAAGACUGCAACCAAAAAUAUCUGAUUUUGGUUUGGCUAAACUGAAUGAUGACCGUGGGCGUGUGAGCACUCGGAUAGCUGGAACUGUUGGAUAUAUGGCACCUGAGUAUGCCACAAGAGGUUGCUUGACAUGUAAAGCAGACGUAUACAGUUUUGGAGUGGUGACAUUAGAGAUUGUUAGUGGAACAAGCAAUACAAGUAGCAUGUCAGAUGAUGAAUAUCUCCAUCUUCUUGACUGGGCUGAAAGAUUGAAGCAGGAAGGGAGACUACUGGAAAUUGUUGACCAGCGUCUUGGUUCUAACUACUCUCAAGAUGAAGCACUUAGGAUGCUGGAUGUAGCUCUUCUAUGCACAAACACGUCGCCUGCUCAGAGGCCGAAAAUGUCUGCGGUGGUGAACAUGCUCUCUGGCCAAGCCCCCAUUGAGGUUGUACCUGAUGAAGAUUUCAGUGAGUCCAUCAGGCCCAGUGGCAGCCAAUCUGAUCAAUCUAUGAAUAACAAUAGCCUGACGGAGUGGUCCUACGCUCCAUCAAGCGAUCCUUCGAUCUUGCUGCAAAACAGUAUGGAGAGUGGUUACCUCCCAUCUUCAAGCUCCCCUUCUUCAAAGAUAUGCUGCAGGACCUAGAUUAGCUAGGCUGAAAUGUUGGCAAUUUUUUGAGCCUAAUGCAGUUAACUGUACAUAGGCAUGCAUUGGGUCUAUGUUUGUAAUCCCCCUGUAAUUUGACAUUCUGUCAGUUCUCAUCUUUCUCAUCCAUGAACUAGGACAAUUGACAGAAAUGAUGCAUCUAAUUGCCAUUGUGCGUUCUUACCAAGGGGACUCAGAACACAUCGGACCUGAUUCAACAACCAUUGUGAUGUGAAGAUACAACCGAAUUGAGGUACUAAGUGGAGUUCAUUAGUUAGCCUUGGUCUCCUUGUAUCAAUCAAUCCAAUGUACAAUUAAUUUGUAAGAUUUUCUUUAUUGUUAUAAUUUAGGUAGGCAAGAUUAUUGUUUGUUGGGCAAGUAGGGGAAGAGAUGUACAACACAAAAAUUCAGUGCAAACUGGUUUCUGCCCUUAUAACUUUUAAAAAAAAAA